AUGAGACCUACCUGCUGGUCUGUGUAACACUUCCCUAGAUCAGGCAUCCACUCUUCACCUCUGCCACGAUGCCAAUCCUACCCCGGUGGGUACUUCUGGGCCUCUGUAUGGCUGUACCAGUUCGGCAAGCAGCAGAAGGCCACUUCCCACCCCCCUGUGACAGUGAGAUCUAUUGCACUGGAGAGCUCCUGAGGCAGGUCCAGUUGGCCAAGCUCUUUGCGGAUGACAAACACUUUGUGGAUAUGCCACUGCGGGAGAGCCCAGAGGUUGUUCUGGAGCACUUUCAGCAGCUGGUGAACACAACACCUGGCGGGGCCUUGUCCAAGCAGCAGCUGGCAGAGUUUGUGGCAUCCCACUUCUCUCCCCCUGGACAGGAGCUUGAGCCCUGGGAGCCCCCAGACUGGACAAGCAGCCCACAGAUCCUGAACAGGAUUUCGGAUCCAAAACUGCAGUCGUGGGCCCUGGAACUGAAUGCAAAGUGGAAGCAGCUGGGAAGGAAGAUUUCAGCGGAGGUAAAAAUCAGCCCCGAACGUUAUUCCCUGAUGUAUGUGCCUAACCCACUGAUAGUGCCAGGGGGCCGAUUCAUUGAGUACUAUUACUGGGAUUCCUUCUGGGUGAUUGAGGGCCUGUUGCUGUCUGAUAUGGUCGCCACAGCCCGGGGCAUGAUCCAGAACUUCCUUUACCUUGUGGACAAAUUUGGGCACAUCCCCAAUGGAGGCCGCAUCUAUUAUGAGCGACGGAGCCAGCCGCCCUUCCUUACCCUCAUGGUAGAGAGUUACUUGAAGCAAACCAAUGACACAGCCUUUCUCAGAGGCAACAUCCAUCUUCUGGAGGCGGAAUACCAGUUUUGGCAGGAGCAGCGAGCUGUCCGUGUCACCACUGGGGGCAAGGAGUACCUCUUGAAUCGCUACAACGUCAGAGUGGGGGAGCCCAGACCAGAAUCCUACAGCACAGACAUGGAGCUGGCAGUGGGCAUGGAUGAAGAAGCCCAGCAGAAUCUUUGGGCAGAGCUGAAAGGUGCAGCAGAGUCUGGCUGGGAUUUCUCAUCACGCUGGUUCCUGCCGGGGCCGCCUCCCCUGCCGGCCACACGGAAAGACACCCAGACCAGCGCGGUGGUACCUGUUGAUCUGAAUGCCAUCCUUUGCAGAGUCGAGCAGUUGCUGGCCUCCUUUUAUAAAGCUCUGGGAAACAACGAGAAAGCCAACCGGUUCCAGGCGGCCCACGAGUACCGAGCGGCUGCAGUCCAGGCUGUCCUGUGGAACGAGAAGGCGGGGGUCUGGCUGGACUACAACCUUGCGCGGCGGAGGCACAGUGAGGCCUUCUACCCAUCCAACCUCACCCCUCUGUGGGCAGAGUGUAGUGUGGAACCAGCUGCUGCCGAAAGGGCCCUCCUCUACCUGGAGAAGAGCUCUGCGCUGUCCUACACCAACGGGAUACCCACAUCGCUAGCUUCUACAGGGGAACAGUGGGAUCUUCCCAACGCUUGGGCCCCCCUGCAGUAUUUGGUGAUUGCAGGUCUAGCCAAGUCCUCGUCUCCCCGGGCCCGCAACCUGGCUUUUACCUUGGCGCAGAACUGGGUGAGAACAAACCUGGUUGUUUACGAGAAGUACCAUGCCAUGUUUGAAAAGUAUAAUGUAGAAGGAGAUGGGAGACCAGGCUCUGGCGGCGAGUAUGAAGUACAGCAAGGCUUUGGGUGGACCAACGGUGUGAUCUUUGAGCUCCUGGAUAUCUACGGUGACCGCCUCAAUGCAACGGGCUCGUCCGUAUACAGCUCUGGGGACUGAACUGGGCCUUCCUCCAAUGCUUUGUGUUU